CCAUGUAAACUCAAUAUACAUGGACGAUUUAGCACGUAUAAGUUCUAAAAUAUCCCUCAACUACUUUAAACUUGCAGAAAUGCCCCUCCUGGAAGGCCCUUCGUUACUUCAUUCAACACUCUUCUUGGCUCCAAAACCCUUCUUCACCAAAUUCUCCAAAAUAUUCAUCUCCGUAAGCAACAUGUCUAACCCAACCGAACCCACUUCCGAAACUGUCCCUCAAACCACACAGAAUUACCCCACACCCCUCUCCCCUCCCUUGCCUUCCAUAUCAAAGGACAUAGAGCUCACAAGAGCCAUGUCUGCCUCUUCGAAAUCAAGCCUUUUUAAGUUAUUAAGAAGUGAUGUGUUGUAUGAAGACGAGUGGCUCAUUGCUGUCAACAAGCCUCAAGGGGUUUAUUGUGAGAGUGUUUUGGCUUCUGUUCCCUGUCUUCUUGCUGAUAACUCGCCGUCGGGUCAACGCAGUGCAGUGACUGAAGCCAAACCUCCAGAGCUCCAUCUUGCCAAUCGCCUUGACCGUGACACAAGUGGUGUAAUGAUCAUUACCAAGUCCCACAAAGUAGCAGCUAAGCUUGUGAAGGCAUUUACUGAUCAUAAGGUGAGUAAAACUUAUAUUGCUCUCUGCAUUGGUAUUGCUCCAAAAUGGGAUAGAGUCACCCUUAAAUCAGGCCAUGGUCGGUCAAAGUUUGGAGCCUGGCGUGUGUAUGCUGCAUCAGAUGUAGGUCGGACUCUACCUGGUGGAUCUGUAGUCAGGGAAAUGGUUACUUCCUUCGAAGUGUUAUCAGUAAACAGACAGGGGAGCUACAGAGAGCUAUCUGAAUUUCAAAAAGAUGGAGCAAAUGUUAUAAUUGUUGAAAAAAAGGCCAAGAUAGAUGGUGAUGCAAAGAAGGAUGAGAUCUUGGUUAGAGCAUUUCCUCAGAGUGGAAGAACACAUCAAAUCCGCUUGCAUUGUCAGUAUCUUGGUAUUUCAAUUAGAGGGGAUGUGAAAUAUGAAGGCGUCUAUCGGUGGAAUGGGAGGACUUAUGAGGGCCAUGAACUUCAUGCGGAGAGCUUGUCUUUUGAGCAUCCAGUCACUGGUUCUCCUAUAAUGUUACGAGCACCUCUACCUUGUUGGGCUAGCCAAGCAUUGCAUUCAUCUUAAUGUCAUGCCUUCCACUCUAUUCAUUCUUUAAUAUUCAGGCUUCCAAAGAUCUACUAAUGAUAUUUAAAGGUGCUAUGAUACCUGCUCUCUUUUGAGGGUAAAAUCAUUUUUAAAUGAAUCAAUGAAGGGAUUACUGUUAAAGAACAGGAAAUAAGCUCCACAGAAAGGUCCUUUGACUAAAUGACAUGGCCAGUAACAUGAUUCUUCUUGAUCUGACAAGUGUGCUGCUGCAGAUUUAUGGCACUUUAGCAAAGCAGCCAAUGGUAAGAAAUUGCUGGAGUUGUAGCAUAUGCCUCAGUUGCAAUUGCAACCUCUUCAUCAACUGAAAUCCUAUGCCUACAGCAGUGAGAAAAAGGUUGAAAUCAUCGGCUGCCUGUGUGCUUUUUUUUCAAUACAAACAUGGUUGGAAUGGUUCUGAAAUUCAUCAAAACCUUAUUUUAGCUUGGCGAUUGUCAAACCCUGCUAAAAAAGGAUAAAAACUUCUUUUUACGUUAUGUAAAAUUCUGAUAGAAGCGUCCUUUUUAGGGGAUGUUUGUCACAAAUUCUAAAAUCAUUCAAGCCUGUGUAUUUAACCCAAAACAUAGGAAUUAUCUUUAAAAAAUAAAAUGAUAGUGAACAUCUUUCCUCUA